UCAAAAACAUCCAAACAGAUUAGACAAGUACACAAACUCACAAAGUCAUAAGUAGGACAACUGAGAUUGAAGAGUAACAAUGCCAUCAUACUGUGUGACGGGGGCUACCGGCUUCAUCGCCUCUUAUUUGGUUAAAUCUCUCCUCCUUCAAGGCAACACUGUUCGUGCCACUGUCCGAGAUCCUGAUAAUGUUGAAAAGGUGGGAUUUUUGUGGGAAUUACAAGGAGCCAAAGAAAGGCUAACACUUUAUAAAGCUGAUUUAUUGAUUGAUGGUAGCUUUGAUGAUGCUAUUAAUGGUGUUUUAGGCGUUUUCCACACUGCUUGCCCUGUCUUUCUGCCUAGUCAAACCGAUGAUGUUCAAACUUUGUUGAUCGAUCCAGGUAUUAAAGGGACUUUGAAUGUGCUUAGUUCAUGCAAGAAGGCAAAUUCUGUAAAGAGGGUUGUGCUAACAUCAUCCUGCUCUGCUAUACGAUACCGAGAUGAUGCAUCUCUAGUGUCUCCCCUGAAUGAGUCACAUUGGAGUGAUCCUGAGUACUGCAAGCGAUACAAUCUUAUCAGUGAUCUAGUUAAAGUAUACUGUUUCCGCUAUUGGUAUGCAUAUGCAAAGACAUUAGGAGAAAUGGCGGCAUGGGAAGUAGCUAAAGAGAGUGGUCUUGAUCUAGUGGCGGUGAAUCCAUCAUUUGUGGUCGGUCCAUUGCUAACUUCACAGCCCACAAGCACACUGGAACUCAUACUGUCACUUACUAAAGGUGCUCUAGGAGAGUAUCCAAAACUUGUUAUAGGAUUUGUUCACAUAGAUGAUGUAAUCGCUGCACACAUUUUAGCAAUGGAGGAAACCAAAGCAUCAGGACGGUUGAUAUAUUCGAGCUCAGUUGCUCACUGGUCAGAUAUCAUGAAGAUGCUCAAGGAUAAGUAUCCUAUGUAUCCAUUUGAAUGCAAGCAAGGCAGUACUGAAGGAAAUGAUUUUCCACACAGCAUGGACACUAGCAAGAUUAUGCAGCUAGGAUUCCCAGGUUUCAAAAGCAUUCCACAAAUGUUCGACGAUUGCAUCAAGAGCUUCCAAGAAAAAGGAUUUUUGUAAAGUGUAUUAUCCUUUGUUCUCUUCCAGUCAAGUUUAAUAAUGUCAUGAUGUCAACAAAUCCAAUUUAGAUUUUGUUUGCUUAUUUUUCUCAGUAGAAGGCUUAAAUUCUUGAUUAUAAGAUUAUUGAGUUGCAAGAGAAGGCGACAAUCUAUCAUUGAGUUACAUCAGUUUGAAGUAAUA